UUGGAGCAGGUUAGCCAUCCGUUCUCUGGACAGGAGGCCACGGAGAACAUCGUCAACGUGCCAUUAGAGGAUAUCACAUAUAUGGGACAUCAAAAUAAACUCUACUCGAUGCGAAUUUUUCGCUGUAUUAUUCGAUGAGGUUCAUUUACUUAACUAUUUGAAUAUCCUAGCCGUUUGUGUGUGUGCCUGUGUGAGUUUGCAUGCGUGAUUGCCUGUAUUUCGUUUGUGCUUCCAGCUAGCUGAGGAGCUAGCCAACGUACAGAAACUUGGAGACGGGUGGAGGAAAUGUCAAAUCCGAGAUCCCAAUCACCACAUUACAGAUCAAACCCCCGGCAGCAUGAAGACCCAUCCCGGAAGUUUCCGUGGGAUGAGCCGGACUUUGAUCCCCAGGAGCUGGUGGCCCGCCUGGACAACCGGUCCUAUCGCAGAGGGCAGCGGUCCAGAGACGACCCAGGAGAUCGCUGGGGAUGCUUCGAAAAGGAGGACGGCAAAGCUUUCCGUCUCUCGGGUCCAGACGAGCUGGGCCAUAGGACGCCUCCACCGCUGCUCUUCCCAGAUGAGCAAAGCCACGGCGAGCGCCGGAGGCUGUCACCAAAACAGCCCCACCAAAGGCACGACGGCCGGGUGAAGGCAGGCCGAGGGAGGGAAGACUUCAGGGGCCACGGCGAUCCCGGGGGUAGGUCCCGCGACUCGCCCGACUGGAUGGCCAGGGAGAGGUUGCCAUCUUCUCUGUCCCGUUCACGAGAGCCCUCCUUGGGCCGGAGGAGAGAUGGGCCGCAUAGGAGCCAGGAGAGACCCCUAGACCACAGCCCGGACCACAGGGCCCCUGACAGGCAAGGAAGAGGAGAGGAAAGGAGGGAUAAGAGCGCUUCACACAUGGAGAGGCAUAGAGAGGACUCUUGUCGGGACAGAAGCCCUAUUUCAAAUCCACACAGGAGGGACAUGGAGGGCCACGUGCAUCCUGGGUACGGGAAAGAGGAGGAGCUUAGGGAUCGACCCAGAGAUGGGUACAGAGAGGCGCUGGGGGAUGUCCGCGCAUUGACACCCCUCGUGGUCGAACACGGUCACGGCAUCGCAAACAACCGGGAACCCCCGGCUUGGGAUAUGACCGACAGGGGCCAUCAAGAUGUGGAACGCCACAGCCGGCCCCGACAGAUGGGGUUCACGCCGGACCGCGAUAGGAGUUCGAACAACUGGUCUGAGCCCUGGGAGGAGAGCAGAGAAACACCCUUUCAAGAUGGGAGAAGAGAACCAGGCCAUGAAUCGAGAAGAGGCCUCAUGGGGAAUAACAGAGCCAACCAACCUGGGAAGUUUUCUCAACAGAAAGGCCAUGCUCACUUCAGAGUCGGCCCGCCAGCAGCAAGGGGCAGGAUUGACGUUGGCCGAAGAGGGGCUUAUCAUGAUGAAGAGUUGGCUGCUAGCCCAAUACGAAACGCCCCUCUCUCGCCGAAAUUCCCCCGUGGAUGUCAAGACCUUUCCCAAGAACUUCAAGACUUUCCCCGGGAACACGCAGACUUUCGUCAGGGACGUCAUGUAUUUGACCAGGAACACCCAGCGCUUCCGUCUGAACACUCAGACUUUAUCCGGGGACGCCCAGAGAUUCCUAGACAGGGAAGUCCACAGUUCCCCAGGAAGGGACUUCAAGAAUUCCACAAACAGGGACUUCAAGAGUCCCCCAGACAAGGAAGUCCACAGUUCCCCAGACAGGGACAUCAAGACUUCCCUAGGAAGGGACUUCAAGAGUUUCCCAGGAAGGAUAGUCCAGACUUCCCCAGACAGGGACAUCAAGACUUCCCCAGACAGGGACAUCAAGACUUCCCCAGACAGGGACGUCAAGACUUCCCCAGACGGGGACAUCAAGACUUCCCCAGACGGGGACAUCAAGACUUCCCGAGACGGGGACGGGGAUGGAAACCGUUCUCUUUGGGCCACAAAGAGUUUAACCAGGUACGCCAAGGGCAGGCGUUCCGGGACCAAAGGGAGGACAAUAGUCAUGGAGAGCCAGGACAGGAAAACCCUCGGUCGGGAAAGGAUUCUAAACCCCAUAUGGGGAGAAGCAGCAUGUCCGGAGAAAUGUCUGGACCCCUGGACCCUGUCGGGCCUAGUCAGCGGGAACACAGAUGGAAGAAUCAACAGGAAUCCAGUGAGGUGAUGGUGGUGUCGGAGGAGACCCUGACAAUAAAAGUGGACAUGAACCGUCCCGCGAGCAAAAACAGUGCUCUAUGCUACUCGUCCGACCGACAGCUGUCUCUGGACCUGGUCAACGUGGGCCGCCAGCGGCUCGACUUCCUGCCCAUGAUGGAGCAUUCUGGAACCUUCAGGGAGAACGCGGCCAUCUCGGGAACGUUUGCCCAGGAAGUGAUCACGUUGGUGCACCAGGUCAAAGAGCAGUACUUCAGGGGGAACACCAUCUCGUUGAGCCAGCGGUUCUCGGCGCCCCAAGAUGGCGGUCCCUCAUCGUCCACCGGGCAGGAGGAGGAGGUGGUGGCGGAGGACCGGCGGCCCACGCUCAACAAGCGCUUCUCCAUGACGAUGAACAACUUCCCCGAGCCUGUGUCUGCUGCUGUGCAGCCAGAGCCCCCGGAGCCCCUGAGAGACCCCGAUGACCUGAGGAACAACCUGGAGCGCCGCCGGCAGGAGAGGACGGAAGGCGUGAAGAUCACCAUCGCUGGAGGGAGCCGGCCCCUCGGGGCCCCGGGGCCCGCCAGUGAGCCGGCGGCCAUGUUUGCAGAGUACGGCGGGUUUGGAGAGCAGGAAGAGGCGGGGAGGUUCCCCAGCUGGCCUGAGAGACCGUCCUAUGAACCGCAGGGCGCCAGGAACCCCAGGUUUCAGAGGAGAGGCCGGGGGGCUUGGAGGCAGAACGUCAACCCCCCUGGCCGGAACGGUCACCUCGGCAACCGCCUUGGGCCGCCCCAUCAGUAGAAACCAUGGCAACCGCAAAGCUGGCUCUCGUUUCAGACGGGAGAACUGCCAGCUCGGUUCUUUUUCAAAACGCUGCCGAUUGGCGUGAACGGCCGGUUCUUUUUAAAGCUCACUAAUGCCGAUGGAAUGCUCUGAAUACACAAUACUGUGAAGGCUCUCUGAGAGCAUGAAGACGGCGUCCAGGUCAAAGUCUGUCAGCGAUGUAGGAUUGUUAGUGUGGCCGCUGUAAGUAUGAACAUGGGCUGAUGUGAUGGUUUUCCUAUGAUCUGUGUGCUGCACACAUUUUACUAUGUUUUUCAUUCUUCACUUUUCAUUUGUCUUUGUGUCUGACUCGUCGUGUCUUGCUUGCUUUCCUUUUGAGUGGCCAUGCCAGAUUGGUUCGGGGCACAGCCGAAUUUAUUCAGUGCUACAUAGUCGCGUGCCAUUUCAGUUGAAUACCUGUCCUUCAUUUCAACCUCCUCAUUUUGUCCUCAGAAAUGAUUCAACGCCACGCCCCUCGUGUUGAAAUACUGUUUUUGAGGGUGCUUCUAAUUGCUUGACGUUUAAGUGUUCCGUAUGAUCAGAAUUAAGGUUUAUAUAUUUUUUGUUAAUUAACAAGCCGUUUGGACAAAUCAAUUGACGCUCUCUGUAUAAGAAAUUGCUUGACUGAUUAAGUGAAUCUUCCUGGUGUAUAUAUACAAUUUUUAAUUUGUUUAAAAAAAUAAAUUGUUGUUUUGUUGACUUAAUGCA